UCACAUCUGAUCCUAACGGAGAACUGAACACAAGACACACAGCUAUGGCACCUACAAUCAUCUGCAGAGAACAACUUCCACUCACAAACAAGCUGAGAAAGCCAAUAGUGGAGAAGAUCCGCAGAGAACGAAUCAACAGCAGCAUUGAGAAGCUCAAGUCUCUUCUGGGUCAAGAGUUCCUCAAGCAACAGCCCGACUCCAGACAGGAGAAAGCUGACAUCCUGGAGAUGACGCUGGAUUUCUUGAGAUGCCAGCAGUGCUCCCAGAAUCCCUCAACCUGCUCUGCUGCAGCUCAUGACGGACGCUCUAAAUGUGUGCAGGAGGCCGUCAACUUUCUGUCUCAGUGUGCAGUGCAGACCGAGUCCCACAGAAGACUACUGAAGCACUUCCUGCACAUGCAGCCCUACACAGAGAACAAGACACGUGUGCAGCCUCAGAUCACUUCAGCAGCCGCACAGAACAGCAGAAAAGGGGAAACUCUGGCGCUCUGGAGACCCUGGUAGAGACACCAGGACCCGUAUGAUUAUCAGACAGAAUUCAUAAUGCCAGUCUGAGAUUGGCAUGGACUGUAAUUCUAACGUAGGAAUUGAUUUCCGCCUCUGCUGCUUAUGCAGGACCUUUAAUCUGCUUUCAGAGAAAGUUUGUUUUAUUGAAAUGAGUAAUAUUUGAUUAGAAUGUACACAAUCAUUUGCAAUGUAAAAUGAUUUUUACCUUAAUGAAAAUUUAAGAUUCGUUAGAAGAAACGUUAAAGUCUGAUUAAGAUGUUUGAGCUCUUGUAGCUCUUUCACCCAUAUUGGGUUUAUACUCUCUGCAUCUAAAGGAUGACGACACUGCUUUCAUUUACUGAAAGCUUUUUGUGUUAUAUUUCUUUUUUGUUGAAAUACAUCUAAUGCUUUUCUUAUUAUAUAAGAAAUAUUUCUUCAUUUGAAGGAUAUUUGAUUGUGUGUUGAAAGCACAGAUUAUUGUUUUUGAUGUUUGCAUGUGUUUACAUGAAUGAGACAUUUCCCCUGUAAAGGGCAGUUGUUUAUUGUCACUCUUAGUGAUUUAAAAUGUAUUCUUUGUAUUCAAAGUCAAGUUCUUACCUUCUUUGAAGGUGUCUUGCAUUGCAACUUGCACUGGUUUAAUAAUUUUAAUGUCUGUGACAUUGUCAAUUUCUUCUCAGCUCAAGAGAACUACAGAUAUAAUAACAUGAGUUCUUCAUGAUUGAGAAAAUAUGUAUUUACAUAUUGUUACUGAUGUUACUGCUUUGUUACUUUAAGGCACUUGAAUGUCCGUGAAAGUCGAGGCAAAAGUUCAUUGUCAGAUUCGCUCAUGAAUGAAGAGCAGCAAUCAUAUUGCUUAUGACAAAUAAAUGGUACAAUCAA